AUGUAAAUUAAAUAGAAAACAAUCUUUGGAAAGAUUUUUUUCACCAAAAGCAUUUUGUUUUAAAAAACCAAUUUAAUUUUUUUUAAAAAAUCAAAUUUUAACAAAUUUUCCCGACUUGCUAUCAAGCUGAAUAGGAGCAUCCCAUGCUUGUUGCGGGUUCUGUGCUUCUGGACACGUCAACUGGCGGUCAUUGCCACCUUGUCCCGCAGGAAGCAGAAGUGGUCUGUGGAUCCCCGGAACAGCGCUUGGAGUAAAGAUGAAUCUAAAUUUGGCCAAAAGAUGUUGGAAAAAAUGGGGUGGACAAAAGGCAAAGGGCUUGGAGCUCAGGAGCAAGGCAACACCGAACACGUCAAGGUCCAACUGAAGAACAACACUCUGGGCUUAGGAGCAGCCACCAACCAAGAGGACAACUGGAUCGCCCAUCAGGAUGACUUCAACCAGCUUCUGGCAGAGCUGAACAACUGCCAUGGACAAGACACCCCAGAGGCCGCGUCCAAGGAGGAGAAAAGAACCUUUAGCCUGGAGGAGAAAUCUAAGAGUGCCCGGAAACGAGUUCAUUAUGUGAAAUUUGCCAAAGGAAAAGACCUCUCCUCCCGAAGCGAAGAUGACCUGUCUUGCAUUUUUGGGAAACGGCAAGCCAAGAAAACACAGGCUGCUGCUGCUGCUGCUGGCACAGAAUCUCCAAAGGAGGACCAGAAAGAGGAGGAGGACCCAUUGGACGAAGUGGACUCCGGCAAGACCGUAACCAGUGCCCUUACCGUGCAGGAGUAUUUUGCCAAGCGCAUGGCCAUGCUGAAGAAAGCCCAGCGUGAGGUUGACUUCAGGACAGCUGAGUCUCCUCCAGCGAUGGCCGAGGAGUCGGAGUGUUCGGUAGCCCAGCCCAGGAAGAGGAAGAACCCCAAGCAUGGUUGGUCUGAAAAUGAGGAUGGCCUUGAAGGACCGGAGGCAAAAUGCCCCAGGGACCUUGGCUCAAGUGAAGAAGGAGAGAAGCUCAAUACCCAGAAGAAGAAGAGGCGGAGGAGGAAGAAGAAGAAAUCUAAGCACUCCAGUCCUGUCGGUGGGAGCCCUAGUUGCAACGGAUCUCAAAAUGGCGCCCAAGAGAAAGGAAGUUGUGGCUCAGGAACUUCCGAUGCAGAAAGCAAUGACUCAGAAGAGCCAAGAGGAAAGAGAAAGAAAAAGGGCAAAAAGCUAGACAGGGAUGCAGUGGCAGAUGUCAAAAAAUUGAAGAAGAAGAGGAAGAAGGAGAAACUCUCCAGUUAGCAGUUAAUACACUCUGCAGACUGUUGACCUGGUUGAAUGGUUGGUUUUUGGCUGCCCUAAUGCAUUAGCCAGGUGCCCAAAUGUGCCCACAUUCAUACAUAGAAGUAGGGAGGUGAUCUCUCCCUCUCUCACACACGCACAAACAUACAGCAUGCAUUGAAGGAACACGUCCGAGUUCUCAUGAAGCCACAUACUGCCCACCCCCUUCUGCUGCCCUGCACAGUCACCUUGAAUUUUCGCCAGGUGGGGGUGUGACGACCUCUCAGGUUCGUUCAGCACAAAGGAGGCUCAUCUGGACCCCCUUGUUUUCUGAAACAAUCCUGGGUUCAUAUUCAUAGUUCCUUCCAGCCCCCAACACACACACACACACACACACACACA